AUGCCCAUUCCAGUACGGCAGCCUCGAAAGAAAGCACCCACCCUCCGAAAUGUGCGUCAAGAGAUUCUCCGCUCGAUCCAUCUUCUUUUAUGUUUGAAGGAAGAGGAACGGGAUAUCCUUACCUCUGAGAUGUAUUCCAGGAAAGACGCGAUAGAUAAAGUGAAAACUUUCAUGGAAAAACAGGCUGGCUUGGAGAAACAUAUUUCUCAGAUGCGAGCUGGUAACCAGCAGAAACACGUGGAAACACUCUCAAACGAACUUCGCGAACUGGAGGGCGAAAUAAAGGAGGUCGAGUCCCGGCUUGCAGAGAUGAAGUCACGCCGUCGGCACAUGAUAGACGAAAUAACCAAACGUCAAAGUUCCGUGGACUCUAAGCUGUCGUCCUACGAAGGCGCUCUUUCUCUUGUUAAGAAAGACUCCGAACAGUUUCUAAAAACGCCGCCCAUCGCCCCCCUUCACAGCGAUUCAGUCCCGACGCCAUUCUUUUCAUUAAAGCCUAAUAGGCGAACUCUGCAGAUGGCUGAAGAGCACUGGACACAAGAGUUAUCAUCUCUCGAAAAGCACAGUUUAACGACCGAUCAUGAGAUUGAAGCGCUAGAAGAGGGUGGGCAGGUAUGGAACGAUACUGUUAUUCUUGUAACGAAGACUGAAACCACCUUGCGGAAUACCCUUAAUCAACUUCGGGGGGAAGACUAUUCUAUUGAAUCAACAAAGCCCGCCGUAGCUGAAAGGACAGAACUUUCCGAAGUACACAAAAUGUUGACUUCUACUCUAAAAAAGCUUGAUGAAUACCUACAUUUGGCAGAAGAAAAGAAAUGGUCGCUACUGAUCUGCAGCAUUGGUGCUGAACGUGAGGCGUUCAAUGAGGCUAGAGCCAGGUUCUCUAGCAUGUUACAACUCCGUCAUCAAUCCCCAGAAGUCGACCGUGAAGGUACCAUGGUAGGAGAAGUUCCCGAUGACUUACUUACGUCACAUACUCUAUCAGGAGAUGGCUCUCUUUCACCAGAAAUACACAGACCUCCUGAACAUAGAGUAAAAUCAGAGCUAGAACCAGGAUUCGAACCAGAGCAAAAAGGGGGCCUGGAAGAGACUGUACAUACUACAGACCAAGCUAUCAUUUGCCCAUCAACCCCACCAGCAUCACACAAUAUGGAUGAUAGCGAUGAUGAACCAGACCCUGCCUGGCUGCUCUCGCCAUAA